AUGCAACGUGGUGAUGUGGUGAUCACCAAGGACGUCCGACAGACGACGACCACCGAGGUGUUUUUGCGUUCGCACCCCACUCAUCGAACGACCGACCGAUCGGUGACCAGUAAAGCGUUUCUUCGAAUAUGUUCCGGCACGAAACUGAAAAAUCCAACUCAAGUGAUCGCGCCUUAUAUUUUCACCAACACGACCACCGGAAACGCAAACACUGUUUCACUAAUCUGUCCCUGA